AUGGCUUCAACACAAGAGAUAUCACAAUUGGCACAGCAAUACCAAGAAGAAUUUCAACGUAAUGUUAUAGAAACAGGUGAUGUUGUAACACAAACAGCUCGUGAAGCAGUCACUACUAUUCAACAAAAAGUUGACAAUCUUACACCAGCAGCAUUAGGAUGGAAGGAUCAUUUUGUUGGUAUUAUAACUAAUUUUGGUGAAGCAACAAUUAACAAUAAAGAAAUUUUCACCAUGAUGUUUUGGUCAUCAAUAAUGGUUUUAGGAUGUAAAAUUGCAGCAACAUUAACACAUUAUUUAAUACAUCCAUUUGUUGGAAUGGUAUUAGAUGGAUCCACAGCCUUGUAUCUUUCAGCCAUCUUUAUUCCUGUUUAUGCACAUUUCAAACAAUCUCGUGAGCCACUUAAUGAUGAAAAAUCACGAUUCAGAUUACUUGCUUGGGCCGCAAUUCAAGGAGUUAUUGUUGGAUAUAUUCAAACUGAAAGUUUCCUUAUCUCUUCUGAUCCAUUAGCUUUUAUGGGAUUAGCUAUUAUGGGAGUUUCAGCUUUAUUCCUUCAUCCAAUUCUCGGUGGAAAUAGAUUGAAUUAUCUUGUUGGUAUUGUUGGAUCAGGAUUUGGUUUUCACUUUGUUCUAGGUCUUAUCUUAGGACAACUCGGUUUCAUCUACCUUUUUAUGGCACUCCUUUAUUCUGUAGCAGCUUUCAUUCUCCUUCAACAUUAUAUCCAAGCUUCUUCAAGCACAAAUAUGGUUCAUCUUUAUAUGUAUUAUAAUUUUAUUGCUAUCAUCUAUAUUCAAUUAGUUUUUUACUAUAUCUUUGGAUAUACUAAAGCCGACUAUAAAAAAUUAACUGCUGCUCAAGCUCAUUCUGCUAAGUAA